AUGGCAGGAGAGCGCGAGAAGGGGGUAAAUAGGAUCUUCUGGCUAACAGGGAGGGAGGUUCUGCUCGCCGUCAGCUGGGAGGAUUGGUGGACAUACGAUGGCAUCUCUGGACCCGCCUUUUGGGGUCUCAUCAAUCCGGAGUGGUCGCUCUGCAACAAGGGUCGUCGUCAGUCGCCGGUGAAUCUAGAGCCCCAGCGUCUCCUCUUUGAUCCCAACCUGAGGCCCAUGCACAUAGACAAGCACAGGAUAUCCGGUUUGAUCACAAAUACCGGUCACAGUGUCAUCUUUACCGCCGGCAAUGAUACGGUGGCCAAUUAUGAUGGCAUGCAAACCCCAGUGAAUAUAUCCGGUGGACCGCUUUCGUAUCGCUACCGUUUCCAUGAGAUCCAUAUGCAUUAUGGCCUAAACGAUCAAUUUGGUUCGGAGCACAGUGUCGAGGGUUAUACGUUUCCAGCGGAGAUACAAAUAUUCGGAUACAAUUCCCAGCUGUAUGCAAAUUUCUCAGAUGCCCUCAAUCGUGCCCAGGGAAUCGUUGGUGUCUCCAUUCUGCUGCAGCUUGGUGAUCUCUCUAAUCCCGAACUGCGCAUGCUCACCGAUCAGCUGGAGCGCAUCCGGUAUGGCGGCGAUGAGGCUUUCGUGAAGCGCCUCUCCAUCCGAGGACUUUUACCGGAUACGGAUCACUAUAUGACAUACGAUGGAUCAACAACGGCACCAGCCUGUCAUGAGACAGUCACCUGGGUGGUGCUCAAUAAGCCCAUUUAUAUAACAAAACAACAGUUGCACGCUUUGCGGCGCCUAAUGCAGGGCAGCCCCGACCACCCGAAGGCGCCCCUGGGCAACAAUUAUCGGCCGCCACAGCCGCUCCUGCAUCGACCUAUACGCACAAAUAUUGAUUUCAAAACGACGAAGACGAACGGCAAGGCCGCCUGCCCCACCAUGUACCGCGAGGUCUACUACAAAGCGACCAGUUGGAAACAAAACUAA